AGCCGCCCGCCUUCUUCAUACCGUACCUGGUACAGUACUGUACAGUGCUCCGAUCGGCCACUUCGGCCCCUCUGUUCUUGUCUGUUCUCCGUUUCUUCGCCAGGGGAUGUCUUCUCGUGGACAUUCUGCACUGCACAGUAUCUGCGUCAAGCUCAAUGUUCGAGUUGCUGGGGGCUUUCUCGGGCAGCGACGACGUCACGGAAUUCGACUCAGAGCUCGGCGAUUGGGAUUCUGGAAUUGUCUCUGAAGUCAUCGAUAUCAGUCGAACAGAAAAUUAGGGAGAAGCAUAUUGAGAGCUGGAGAAGCGGAUUCUCGAAUUCGGCUGUGCAUGGGCUUCAUGACGGUUGAAACUUAGGCUUGACUCAGCUAAGUAGAGAACAGUGGGUUGGCCUGUCACUUAACAAAGUCGAUCAUGGCGAGGAACAAGGAGACUUUAAUCCUUUUGGUGGACAUAGGACCGAGCAUGCACCCUCAUCUGGACUAUGCAGCUAGGGCCAUUUCAGCACUCGUACAGAGGAAGAUUGUUCACAAUAAGCACGAUGAAGUCGGAUUAGUGUUUUUCGGUGCCAAUGAUACAGACAAUGAGCUCAGUUCUGAACUUGGGGGGUACGAGGACAUUGUGGUGUUAAGGCCUAUCGCUGUCGUCUCGGAGGAACUCGCCCAAGCUGUGGACCAGUUCUCUAAGGAAUAUGGGACUAGUGAUUUUAUGGAUGCUAUGGUCGUCGCUAUGGACUUGAUAGUGAAAAAAUGCGCAGCAGGAUCCAAAGGCAACAAGCGAAUCUAUCUUAUCACAGAUGGUGAAUCUCCUGUGAAGGAACCUGAGGAAGGGACCAAAUCAGAGCAGGUGGAACUUCUUCGUAAUCAACUGCAGAUGCACAAUAUAAUCUUGGAUGCCGUUGUUAUUCGCCUUAAAGGGGAGAAUGGCGCACUGGAGUCUAAAGCAAGUCAAGAGAACGAAUUUCUUUUGAGAAGUUUUGCUGAUGGAACCAUGGGAGACCUCGUACUCGUGGAAAGUUACACUACCCUGCUAGGAGCCGUCAAGUCCAGAUCAGUUUCUCCAACAACACUCUACAGGGGUGAUUUGGAGCUCACCCCAAACAUGUCAAUCAAGGUAUGGGUUUACAAAAAGGUUAGCUCGGAGAGAAUGCCGACAUUGAGAAUCUACUCUGACAAGGCACCACUCCUGGACACCACUGCCACUCAUGAAGUUAAAUUCGACAUCGAAUACAAGAGCUCCGUCGAUCUGGAUGUUAGCAUAGCUCCGGAACAGCGAAUUAAAGCUUAUAAGUAUGGUCCCCAAUACGUUCCUAUCUCGUCGAAAGAAGAAGAAGCUCUGAAGUUCAGGACGGAGAAAGGAUUGAAAGUGGUUGGCUUCACCGAUAAGUCAAAUGUUCCUAGACAUUAUUUUAUGAAAGAGACCAAUGUAUUUGUACCCGAACUAAGGAACACAAGGUCUACACUUGCUAUUUCCUGUCUUGCUCGAGCGAUGGAAGCUGAGGGCAAGGUUGCAAUUGUUCGUUGUGUUUGGAGAGCAGGCCAAGCUAAUGUUGCGUUAGGAGUUCUUACACCUUGCCUUGGCAGUGACGACUCCGUAGCUGAUUGCUUCUACUUCAACAACAUUCCUUUUUCAGAAGACCUUCGUGAAUUUGCGUUUGCCUCCUUCAAAGACCGUCCUUCCACGCAGCAACCAACAAGAUUGCAGCAAGAAGCGGCGGAUGCGUUAGUCCAAAUGAUGGACCUCGUACCCUAUCCCGGACAGGAGUUUCUGAUGCCAGAAAGAACUGUCAAUCCCGUAUUGCAGCGGUUUUACAGCUUCCUUCAUCUGAAGUCAGUGAAUCCUGAGGCAGCUGUCCCACCUCUGGAUAAAGCACUUCAAAUCAUCAUUCAGCCCGAGGAACGAUUUAUUCAAAAGGUGGACUUCAUGUUGCAGACUUUCAAAGAACAGUUCCAACUUAUACGAAGUACUCAGACGGAAAAGGGAGGCCGGAAAUUCUGGAAGGACAGAUUAGGAGAAAAUGAAGCUGCUUUACCUGGGGAGGACCUUCUGCAGAUAGAGGACGGAAAACCACUGACGUUUGAGUUCCUCACUGGCAAGAAAGUUGAGCAAGUUGGAAGUUUGAAUCCUGUUGAAGAUUUUGAAGCUCUGCUUGCACGACGAGACAGCGAUCAGUGGGUAACAAAAGCGAUCAAAGGGAUGAAAAAGAUUAUAACCGAUCUUCUCAACUCCGCUUAUAAUGGGAAUACAUAUGAGAAGGCUGUGACCUGUCUUAUUGCUCUGCGGCGAGGCUGCGUAAUUCAAGAGCCCUGUAAGUCCUCCCUGUUUCCACUUUUGUUGUUCUUCUUCACAUUCAUUUAUGUACUUUUUUGGAGAAUGGAACCUACAUUUCAUCCAUGCCUUCACAAAUCUCAAAUCAUUUAGUGCUCUAGUUUAUCUUCGGUACCUGACCUAGUGUGCACAGUUAUGUAUCACUAUAGUUCCGCCCUUUCGAGUUAGAAGUUGGCUCUUGCGACACUGGUGUAAAUGAUGAGACCUUGUGGAUUGAUACAGCAGAGUACGUUCUUGGUUAUAUGAGUGUGGAACUUUCAACUGACAGUGCUAGCAAGGAUCGAGUUCUGGAUUGUGUGUUAGCUGCAGUAAGUGCAGUUUACUAACAGAGUUGGUGAAAUGAACGAUUCAGUGUUUUCGAAAAUAAGAUCUUUGUACCCUGCACACUGAGGUAGGGCUGUGUGAUGGCAAAUUGAUGUUUGCCAUUCAGCUGUCGGUGAUGGUUACUGGCCUCUUACGGCGUCUCCCGUGGGAACUUAAAGCGCACAUUGCAUUUAAUUCUCGUCUAUACUGCAAGAGCCGUCUGAUUUCAAUACGUUCCUGGAAGAAAUCUCCAACAGAUGCAGGGGUAAACGUCAAAAUGACUUCUGGGAAUUGGUUACUGCUAAAAACUUGACCCUUAUUAGCAAGGACGAAACACCUGACAGUGAUGUAACACAAGAGGAGGCGGCGUCAUUCUUGAGCAGAGUGCAGAACUCAGGACAUGUCUCAGAGGGAGUUCCAGAAGAGGAAGUUGAUGAGAUAGAAGCACUUUUAGAUGACGUCAUCUGAGUGACGUCCCUAGCUGCGCAUCAACUGUCUUCCACUCGUUUUAUUUGAACCUGCACUUGUUCUAAGUCUAGAUGUAGAUAGAUAAAGAGAGGAAAUGGAGGAGUAAUUGUAUCGACACGCACGGCAUGUCAGUUUUAAGUAGAGCCGUUUAGAGAUUGAUCUGCUUAUGCUACAAGAUUCUCAGUGAUAAGUAUAGUUUGCUACAACUAUCAACCAAGGUUCUUGUAGUUCAUCAGAUCUCUACCCGCAAGAUGGGUGUGGACGUUCCAAAGCUCAAAUACACAUCGUAAUGUUCCUUGUUUGUCAAAUCGGGCCUAUAAUGAACUGACAGAGGCCAGUUUGAAGGUUUUGUACCAACAGUAUCAGUAUCUUGAAAACACAAACUCCAAGCUUGAGUUGUCAGACUCUUAUACUUUCUGUUUGAUUGUCU